GUCACCGAUCAUCCGAUAUUGGCUUUCAGCACUGCACCUCGCCAAGCUCCUACCGAAAUGGAUCACGGCGCCGCAGUUCUCGACCCAGCACUACGAAGCGCGGAGCCCUCUAACAAUGGCAGCAAUGGUAUGAGCGGGACCCCUCAAGGCGCUGCCGGCGCCUACCACGACGACGAAGCCGCAGCCGCCGCUGCUGGAGCAAGCUCCGAGGGCCAGAGCCAGGGACACCAUCACCACCAGCAACACCCCGACUCCCCCGAGACGCCUCACUCGGGCCACGACGGCGAGACGCCGCAGCACGAUGCGAUCCACGGCGGGAACCCCGACGACCCCAAGCGGCCCCGCGCAUGUGAGGCGUGCCGGGGUCUCAAGGUGCGAUGCGAACCCGAUCCGAACGAUACCGAGGGCCCGUGUAAGCGGUGCAAGAAGGCAGGGAGGAACUGCGUCGUGACGAUGCCGACGCGCAAGAGGCAGAGGAAGACGGACUCGAGGGUCGCGGAGCUGGAAAAGAAGAUUGAUGCGUUGACGGCGAGCUUACAGGCCCGCGGAAGCUCCGCGGCGCCUGGCGCAGCACCCGCAGUGACGACGAGUGCGCAUACUGCCUUGCCCACGCCGGGUAGAGACGAGAAUCCGUAUAACAAGGGUUGGGGAGGUCACGGUCUUGCGAGGGAGUGGACCUCAAGUACAGUUGCGGGAACGGGGUUGUCUGUGGAAGGGCUCGACCCGCAGGAGGCGCACGCGGCGGAGAAGGGGCGGUUCGACCACAUUACCUUCCCGGCGCCGCCCUCAGCCGCAGCAGGGCAAAAGAGGAAACACUCGGAUCGCGGGGACGAUACGCCGAGCGGCAGCGACAUACCGGAAGGCGGACAAAUCGGGGCCAGGCCGGCGCCGCCGAUCCACAUGGGCAGCGACUACGCCGACGUCGUGGAGCGCGGGAUCCUGAGCGCGGAGAAAGCGGCGGAGCUGUUUGAGCGGUACAACACGCUCAUGGCGCCGCACAUGCCGGCGGUGGUGUUCCCGCGCGGCGCGACGGCGGAGGAGACGAGGCGGGCGAAGCCGCUGCUGUUCCUGGCCAUCAUGGCGGCGUCGAGCUCCGAGAGCCCCAACGUGCAGCGGAGGCUGGUCAAGGAGCUGAUGCAGAUUUUCGCCGAGAAGAUUAUCAUCACGGGCGAGAAGAGUUUGGAGAUUGUGCAGGCGCUGCAGGUGGCUGUGAUAUGGUACUGGCCGCCAGAGCACUUUGAGGAGCUCAAGUUUUACCAGCUCGUGCACAUUGGCGCCGUGAUGGCGCUGGAUAUCGGGCUGGGACGGCGCACGGCGGGCAGGAAGAUGCAGAUCCCGUACCAGUGGCGCAACCACCCGUUCAAGAGGGCGCCGCCUCCGGACCCGACGACGAGCGAGUGCCGGCGGGCGUGGCUGGCCGCGUACUUCCUGGCCGCCAACACCUCCAUGGCGCUGCACCGGCCGAACCUAGUGCGGUGGACGAGUUUCAUGGCGGAGUCGAUGGAGGCGCUGCAGACGAGCGCGGACGCGGCGCCGUCGGAUAAGUAUUUCUGUCACCUCGUGUGGACGCAUCGGCUUGCCGAGGAGGUGGGGAUACAGUUCUCCAUGGACGACCCGGCUGUGGUGCCGAAUAUUACGGAUUCGAGGACGCAGUAUUCGCUGAGGAUGCUGGAGAGGGACUUGGAGAAGUAUAGUGCUUCCGUUCCCAAGGAGGAAAUGCAAUCAACCCUCAAAAUGUCCUUCCACGUCCUCUCGCUGUACAUGCACGAAAUCGCUCUCCACACCCAAAUGGACGACAUUCGCCCGCCCUUUGACACAGCAACCCUCAAAGACGGCAUGCUCACCAACUUGACCCUGACAACCUCGCACAUCAACGCCCUGUCCGCCUGCCUCUCAGCCAUUGACGGCAUAUUCGAGGCAUUCCUGGCAAUGGAAGUGCCCAGCAUCCGCUGCCUGCCCGUCUUCAACUUUGUGCGCGUGGCCUACGCCGUCGUGGUCCUCAUCAAAAUGUACUUUUCCGCCACGGCGCCCGGCUCCGAGCUGGGACGGGUGAUUGACAAGGAUAACAUGAAGGUGGAGUACUACCUCGACGCGCUGCUGGAGAAGUUCCGCGCUGCCGCGUCAGAUGAUCGGAGUCGGCCUGCGGCCAAGUUCCUGAUUGUGUUGGUAAUGUUGAGGAGUUGGUUCUUGAAGCAGAGUAAGGGGCUUGCGAUGGGUGUUCCCGUGCCGGAAGCUGCUGCUGCUGGGUUCAAGACCUCGAAUUCGCAGCCCGAGACGCCGGCAUCUGCUGCUGCGCAGUCGUCUUCCCGUCGGCCGGAGGCGACGCCUGCUUCUACUGCCGCCGAAGAGCAGCAGCACCAGGCGCAGCAACGGGUGUAUGCGGGGCAACAGCACCCGCCGAUGCAGGAGUACCCCGCCGCCAACACGCCUCUUCACCUGCUGUCAGAAAUCGCUACGCAAAAUGAUCGUUCCGGCGGCGGCGGUGGUGGUGGCGGCGGCGCGACGAACAAUAUCCUCUGGAACCCGCCCCCGUCACGCCAAUCUUUCCUCUACGACCCCAGCGCCGUCACACCUACCCCGAUGGACGGACCUGGGUCCGGGCCGGGGACGGCGGCGUCGAGCGGUACGGCGGCGACGACGGUUGCAGGUCCCGGCGAUGGAAGCGGAGCCGGGGCGGGAGCGGGGCCUGGGCCGAAUUCAGUGGCCCCGUGGCUGAAUCCUGUCUGGACAAACGAUUUACAAGAUUUCGGACUCGAUCCGGGCUUCACGAACGAUUUAUCUCUCGAGGAGAUCACCACGGGGUUCGGCACGAGUCCGGGGAGCUUGAGCAAUGGGAUGCGGUAUGUCAUGGCGCAGGACCCGUGGUUGAGCGGGAUGAGCGGGCUCGGGGAGAUUUUCGAGGGGAUGCCUGGUGGGUCUGGCCCGCCCAUGUUUCCCAUGUGAAUGAAAACACCGGGAAUGGUGUCGAAUCACGGGAACAUACCUCCAGGCAAAAGGCCGCUCCGAUGACCAACUGCUUCAUGCGCGUAUACACGGCGGAAGUGACGGCGUUCAUUCACGCUCGGGGUAUGGGAUGAACCUGGCGGACAGGCUUUGCCUAUCCAGCCGGGGUAAUGGAGAUACCUUGGGUCGGACGUCAGAUUUCGCUUAUACGGCUAUCGCCUACGCCCGACCUCCGGGCUUUACUUCCAGACCCCGUCUCAUCCUCACCCUAACUCUCCAACAAGAAGGGGAACAGGAAGGUUUACUCGUUUACGGAGCACUCCGAAAGCGAUGCCAGAAACCACGAUACCACCGUCGAGCGACCCACAUCCUUUCUGGCUAAGCUUUCCAGCGACGCUUCCAGACCUGCUCGGACUUGGGAAAAUAAAGCAGACAAACUCGGAGCCGAAACAUCCCACAAAGAAGCCCGACCAACGGAUGUCGACUCGUUUAUUGAAUACCAACCUUCAUCUACAUGAAACUGCCAUACUACGAGAAGGCCGGAAUCUUAGUUACGGCCGAGGACGGAUCCGGGGGAAUCUGGGGAAGGAAUGAGGAGCAGAGGGAAUGUUGGAACAGAGGAUGCUCCGCCAGGGGGGAAAGAUGGGAAGGUUAACCUUUCUGACAUUCCCCAGGGGUCCGUUUUGGAACAAGUCAGGCACAAGAGGAGGAAAAUUGGGGAGCAGGAAUACCCUUUGCUCUGCUCUGGACAAGAGACGAAGCUGCAGAACCCAUCUUCAUCCAUCCAUCCCUCUUGAAAGGCGAAAAGCAGUGUCCUGAGGGGACGGGUGGAGGGAAACAAACAGGAAUUGGAGUCGAGGGUCACUCCGUACAGCACAAGUGAGUUUUGGGAAGCUCGUGAGUGGAAUUGAGUUGUGCUCUCGCAAACCAUCCGAUUCCACACUCCCACGAAACCCCAUCACCCAUCUCAGCAAUGUCGUUGUGUUAUUUUUUAUUUUAUUUUUUUGGCAUGUGUCAUUUAUACGAGAUACCUAUGUACGAUGAAAAGAUGCUUGGACAGGCGAAC